AUGAUAGGAAGAAUAAUUUUUUGCACUGCAGUUCUUCUAGCUACACUUUCAGUCAUUCUCAUUGCAAUAUUCUCACCAGUACCCCACGAAAAUAAAUCAAAAAAUUCUCCUUGGGUUGAUUUAUCUCUUUAUAUUCAACAACCUCAAGUCUCGACUUCCAAUUUCUCCCCUAAAAAAGCCCCAACAGACGUUGGCGCUUUGAUUUUCCAUCGCCUUCUCACUGAGGGGCCGGAAAACACCUCUCGAGUAGUUGGAAAAGCGCAAGGUUUUAUCAUCCCAAUUCAAGAUUUCGCGAAUUCAGCGUUUAAUAUUAUUUAUCUUACGUUUAAUAACAAUGAAUUCAGUGGAAGUCUAAGUGUUGAAGCUAAGAGUUUGACAAAUGAUAAUAAGGAAGAGUUGACUGUUGUUGGUGGUACUGGCUAUUUUGCCUUUGCUCGUGGCCUAGCUGUUUUUGCACAAACAGAAAGGGAACAUUCUGAUAAUUUGGAAGCUACUUAUCAUAUAAAGCUACAAUUGAAAUUCCCAAAUAAAUCCAAAACAAUUCCUAGAUGA